GGAGCCCUUCUCUCUAUUUCUUAAUCGUUAAUACCAUUUAGCCCUCUGCCCUGAAAGAGGAAAAACACCCAAAAUCAAAGCGGAAGCUCGCUUCAUUGUUCUUCUUCUUCCUCUUUCUCUCUGUACACAUCUAUAUUCAUCAUUGUUCAUCAUUUGUGUGGAUUUUUUCAUAGACACAGAGAUAUAUUAAAUAUAUGGAGGCGGCCAUGGACGAUUCUCAAGCAUCCGCCGCUGAAUCACAGGCUCCACCACCCCCUUCCUCGCCGCCAAUCCAAGAGGAAGACUCCGGAGAUGAUGAUAGCUUGCAAUCCAAGGUUCAGAAGCUCAUGGAGAAGAUCACUUCUUCCCCUGAUAACCCUAACCCUAGUGUCCUCCAUGCCCUUUCUUCCAUCCUCGAAACCCAAGAAUCCAGGUACAUGGAAGAGACAGGUCAUUCAUCCUUAAAUAAUGGUCGUGCUACUCAUAUUAUUGGACGGCUGGGUAGCCUAGUCCGGGACAAUGAUGAUUUUUUUGAGUUGAUAUCUUCAAAGUUUCUGUCUGAAAGUAGAUACUCAAUAUCUGUUCAGGCAGCUGCUGCAAGGCUUCUUCUAAUCUGUUCCCUGACUUUGGUGUAUCCCCAUGUUUUUGAAGAAACUGUCGUCUUGGAGAAUAUAAAAAAUUGGGUGAUGGAUGAGAAUGCCAGAUUUUCUGGUGAAGAUCGCAGCUGGAAGAAUGACUCAGGGAGAAAGGAGGCCUCAGAUUCUGAAAUGUUGAGAACCUACUCUACUGGACUUCUUGCUUUAUGUUUGGCUGGUGGUGGUCAAGUAGUGGAAGACGUAUUGACAUCUGGAUUAUCCGCCAAGCUGAUGCGUUACCUUCGUACCCGAGUCCUUGGGGAGACAAAUACAAGUCAAAAAGACGGUAGUCAUAUAGCAGAGAGUAAGAAUACGCCUGGUGCUACUUGCAUGAGAGGUAGAGAUGAAGGUCGCAGUAGAUUGCGGCUGGUUCUGGAAACAAAUCAUUUAGAUGAUCCUAGGAUAAUAGACGAAGGGUCUUUACAUGAUCAGAGUGUUGAAAGGGAUCAUGAUAGAAGCAUUGGUUGGCAAACGCAUGGAGAAGAGUCCCGGGUUGAUGGUGGAGAACCACCCAACAGUUUGGAUGAAGAUGAUAUGUAUGAAGUGGAUGCUGACGGCGAGGACAGAUGGCAUGGUCGUGAUUUGCGUGAUUUGAAGACAAAAUUUGGAGAUCAUGAUGAAAAUGUGCGAGAUGACUCAAAACGCAGGGCGAACCGUGGAUUGUCAAGACUUAAGGGGAAGGGAAGAGUCAAUGAGGGGGCUAUAGAGAAUGAGCAUGCUUUGACCUCUCCAGGAUCUGGUAGUAGGCUAGGACAGGGGCGUAGUAUCAGAGACCGGAGUUUGUCAAGAAAUUUAGACACAAAAAGAGCACCAGAUGCCAAGAAGUGUUUUGGCAGGACCAUUGCUGAUGGUUUUCCCAUGGAAAGAGAAGAUAAUGAUGACCGCUUCCAGGAAUGCAAAGUUGGAUCCAAGGAUAUCUCUGAUCUGGUAAAGAAAGCAGUUAAAUCUGCUGAAGCUGAAGCUAAAGAAGCCAAUGCACCUCUCGAAGCCAUCAAAGCAGCUGGUGAUGCUGCUGCUGAAGUUGUCAAAAGUGCAGCUUUGGAGGAAUUCAAAACCACCAAUGAUGAGGAAGCUGCAAUUUUAGCUGCUUCAAAAGCUGCAUCUACUGUCAUUGAUGCUGCUAAUGCAAUUGAAGUUUCAAGGAGCUCCAGUAAUAUGAAUGCUGAUCCAAUGAAUUCAAGAGGUACUGAAACAGAAAUCAAUGAAGAGGUUGAAGAAUUUUUCAUUAUGGAUGCUGACUCCCUUGCACAGUUGAGAGAAAAAUACUGCAUUCAGUGCCUUGAGAUAUUAGGGGAAUAUGUUGAGGUUCUUGGCCCUGUUCUACAUGAAAAGGGUGUAGACGUCUGUCUUGCACUAUUGCAACGAAGUUCGAAAUUGAAAGAGGCGUCAAAGCUUGCAAUGCUUUUGCCUGAUGUGCUAAAGUUAAUCUGUGCUUUGGCAGCUCACCGGAAAUUUGCUGCAGUAUUUGUGGAUCGUGGUGGCAUGCAAAAACUGCUUGCUGUCCCAAGAGUUGCUCUCACCUUCUUCGGUCUUUCUUCUUGCUUAUUUACCAUUGGUUCUCUUCAGGGGAUUAUGGAACGUGUUUGUGCUCUUCCUUCAGAAGUUGUCCACCAAGUGGUUGAGUUAGCUUUGCAACUUCUUGAGUGUUCCCAGGAUCAAGCCAGAAAAAAUGCAGCUUUAUUUUUUGCUGCUGCAUUUGUCUUUAGAGCAGUUCUUGAUUCCUUUGAUGCUCAAGAUGGUUUACAGAAGUUGUUGAGCCUUCUACAUGAUGCCGCCUCGGUACGAUCUGGAGUUAAUUCUGGUGGGUUAGGCUUGUCCAAUUCAGGGUCACUUCGAAAUGAUCGAUCACCUCCAGAAGUAUUAACAUCAUCAGAGAAGCAAAUAGCUUAUCAUACCUGUGUUGCUUUGCGACAAUAUUUCAGAGCACACCUUCUCCUGCUUGUGGAUUCCAUUCGGCCAAAUAAAAACAAUCGAAGUGCAGCCCGUAAUUUGCCUAGUGUAAGGGCGGCAUAUAAGCCACUUGACCUCAGUAAUGAGGCUAUGGAUGCAGUUUUUCUUCAAUUACAGAAGGAUCGGAAACUUGGUCCUGCAUUUGUAAGAGCUCGUUGGCUUGCGGUUGAUAAGUUCUUAACCUCUAAUGGUCAUAUUACCAUGCUGGAGUUGUGUCAGGCACCACCUGUUGAACGAUAUCUGCAUGACUUGCUUCAAUAUGCAUUGGGUGUUCUGCACAUUGUUACAUUGGUACCUUACAGCCGCAAGCUGAUUGUAAAUGUCACAUUAAGCAAUAAUCGUGUUGGUAUUGCAGUCAUUUUAGAUGCGGCAAAUGGUGCUAGUUUUGUGGACCCUGAGAUUAUUCAGCCAGCAUUAAAUGUGCUAGUGAAUCUUGUUUGCCCUCCACCUUCAAUCAGCCUUAAACCCCCUGUUCUUGCACAAGGCCAGCAGUCUGCUUCUGUCCAAACCUCUAAUGGUCCUGCUAUGGAGGCAAGAGAUAGAAAUGCAGAACGGAAUAUCUCAGAUCGAGCUGCUAACAUGCCUGGCCAGAGUGAACUAAGGGAGCGAAAUGGGGAAUCUGGUGUGGUAGAUCGAGGCAGCUCUGCUGUACUUAGUGCAGUAUCCAUCAAUAGUACUUCACAAACACCUAUUCCAACCAUUGCUUCAGGAUUAGUUGGAGACCGUAGAAUAUCUUUAGGCGCUGGAGCAGGGUGUGCUGGUCUUGCUGCACAAUUGGAACAAGGAUAUCGUCAAGCAAGAGAGGCUGUCCGAGCCAAUAGUGGUAUAAAGGUUCUUUUGCAUCUCCUCCAACCACGUAUAGUUUCACCUCCUGCUACCCUUGACUGCCUUAGAGCUCUUGCAUGCCGAGUCCUGCUGGGUUUAGCUAGAGAUGAUGCAAUAGCACAUAUAUUGACAAAGCUUCAGGUUGGGAAAAAGCUAUCAGAACUAAUCCGAGAUUCAGGCAGCCAGACAUCGGGAAAUGAACAAGGCCGGUGGCAAGCUGAACUUGCCCAGGUGGCAAUUGAGCUAAUUGGGAUUGUAACAAAUUCAGGGCGUGCAAGUACAUUAGCAGCUACAGAUGCUGCUACCCCUACCUUGAGGCGCAUAGAGAGAGCAGCUAUAGCUGCUGCCACACCUAUUACUUAUCAUUCCAGGGAACUCUUACUCCUUAUCCAUGAACACCUGCAGGCAUCUGGUUUGAGCACAACUGCUGCUCAAUUGCUUAAAGAGGCUCAGUUGACACCUUUGCCAUCCUUGGCAGCCCCAUCAUCUCUCGUGCAUCAAGCAUCUUCCCAAGAAACUCCAUCUAUGCAACUUCAGUGGCCAUCUGGUCGCAUUGCUGGUGGAUUUCUCUCCAAUAAAUUGAAGCCGACCACAAAGGAUGAAGAUUCCUGUUUGAAUUCUGAUUCAUCUGUGUCUUCCUCAAAGAAGAAGCCACUGGUUUUCUCAUCUACUCUCAGCUUUCAAUUCAGAAAUCAGCCUCAAUCCCAUGAUGCCCAAUCUCCAGCAAUCAGCAAAGUUUUCAGUACUUCAAAAAAGUCUUCAGCACCUGCAAGUGUACCAGAAACUCCAUCAGUAACUACAUCAAAACCAAAUUUGGAUGCUGAGUCCCAAUAUAAGACUCCAAUUAUAUUGCCAAUGAAAAGGAAGCUAACGGAGUUAAAGGAUGUCGGGUUGGCAUCGUCAGUGAAGCGACUCAACACCAGUGAGCUUGGACUUCAUUCACCUGUUUGUUCAACACCAAAUACUGUCCGAAAAAGCAAUCUACUGAAUGAUGCGAUUGGAUUCUCAACACCAUGUUGUACACCAAGAGAUCAAUAUGGGCGGCCAACACCAAGUAGUGUUCUAACUGAUAACUUAGAUGAUAACCAAUGUGGUAUUCCUCAUUUGGGUCAGAUGACACCUUCUUCCUUCCAACUUGGAUCUCUGAAUGACCCACAUACUGGCAACACCGAAAGGCUUACCCUCGACUCUCUUGUUGUCCAGUAUCUAAAGCACCAGCAUCGCCAGUGCCCAGCACCAAUAACAACGUUACCACCACUCUCUCUCUUACACCCACAUAUUUGUCCUGAACCAAGACGAAGCCUUGAUGCUCCAUCAAAUGUAACUGCCCGGCUUAGCACACGUGAGUUUAGAAAUGUGCAUGGUGGAAUCCAUGGAAACAGGAGGGAUCGUCAAUUCAUUUACAGCAGAUUCAGGCCCUGGAGAACUUGCCGGGAUGAUGGUAAUGGCCUUUUGACAUCUCUUGCUUUUCUAGGGGACUCUGCACAGAUUGCAGCUGGAAGUCAUUCUGGAGAGCUUAAAUUUUUUGACUGCAACAGCAGCACUAUGCUAGAGAGUUUCACAGGCCACCAGUAUCCUUUGACACUAGUCCAGUCCUAUCUUUCUGGUGACACACAGCUGGUGCUCUCAUCAAGCUCCCAUGAUGUGCGACUGUGGGAUGCCUCUUCGAUAUCAGGUGGCCCUAGACAUCCAUUUGAUGGGUGCAAGGCUGCUAGAUUUAGCAAUUCUGGGACCAUAUUUGCAGCGCUAUCAUCAGAGUCAUCUCGACGAGAAAUUCUUGUGUAUGACAUCCAGACCCUCCAAUUGGAUCUCAAACUGGCUGACACUUCUGCCAGCUCUGCAGGUCGAGGCCAUGUGUAUCCACUCAUACACUUCAGUCCUUCAGACACCAUGCUUCUCUGGAAUGGGGUCUUAUGGGAUAGGCGAGGGUCUGGCCCUGUUCAUCGUUUUGAUCAGUUUACAGAUUAUGGGGGUGGGGGCUUCCAUCCUGCUGGAAAUGAGGUGAUUAUAAAUUCUGAGGUCUGGGACCUCCGGAAGUUUAGGCUCCUCCGAACCGUGCCUUCGUUGGAUCAAACAGUAAUAACUUUUAAUUCUCGUGGAGAUGUGAUUUAUGCCAUCCUGAGGAGAAAUCUUGAGGACAUAAUGUCAGCAGUUCACAGCCGCCGUGCCAAGCAUCCUCUCUUUUCUGCAUUUCGCACUGUUGAUGCUGUCAACUACUCUGACAUUGCCACGAUUACCGUAGACCGCUGUGUGCUUGACUUUGCAACAGAGCCAACCGACUCCUUUGUGGGGUUGGUUUCAAUGGACGAUCAUGAUGAGAUGUUUUCUUCUGCUAGAAUGUAUGAAAUUGGGCGGCGCAGGCCAACAGAUGAUGACUCUGAUCCUGAUGAUGCAGAAAGCGAGGAAGAUGAUGAAGAUGAGGAUGAGGAUGCAGAUGAGGACCCAUUACUGGGUCCUGCACUUGAUGGGGAUGGAGAGAGCGAUGGUGAUGACUUGAGCAAUGAUGAUGACAGCUUGGGUGAUUUUGAAGAGGAUGACGACGAUGAUGAUGAUGGGGAUUUUGUGAUGGAUGAUGCUGACUUUGAUGGGGGAGGUGGAAUACUGGAGUUAGUGACGGAGGGAGAUGAGGAUGACAAUGACAGUGAGGUGGUGGAAUCCUUUAGCAGUGGUGAUGAGGAAGAUUUUGGGGACAAUGGUUUCGGCUUCUAGAUGAUCUCUCUAUAUAUAUUUACACAUGAUGAAGUGAGGAGCCCAGAUCAUGUAAUUAUUGUUUUUAUGGGCUUGGGGGUUUACUCACAGAGAGUGAAAGGGGGGAGGGAAAAAGGGAGAAUUCCUUUUUGGAUUUGGAAUUUUUUUUUGGGUUUUUACUUUGUUAUAUCUUUGCCUAUGGCAUAAUGAAGGUUAGGGUUAAAUUGAUAUUGAAUAAA